GUUGAAGGGGGCGGAUUGAGAAGGGGAGGACAAGAUGGGAGGAGGACAAGAAAGAGAUGGGCGGAGCGGGAGCGAUUAGCAUUUUCUUGUGUUUUGUUGUUUGAACCAUCAUCAUCGUUUAGGAGUGGAGCGCGGGUGACAGGCAGGGCAUGGGAUGGAUACCCGGGUUUUCGUCUUUUUGCUGGGCGUGUUCGUUCGGGUCUCGUUCGGGUUGGGUUUGGGUUGGUUGCGAAGCGGGUUCAUCGUCACGACACCACACCGUCCGGUCGUUCUUUUCAUAUGUAUAUCUUUGCUUGGCUGUCAUGAAGUCCAUGGGCGGGGAUGGAGGGGGAAGAGGGGUUCAAGAAGCGUGCUGCUCGGAGUUUCCGUUAUCGAUGCUAUAGCUAUCACGAGCAUGAUCAUGAAGGAUGGCGUUCGGCUCGGGUUGGUUUGGUCCGGUUCCUGGGUGCGUAUCAGAGGUGGAGGUUCAUAGCGUCGGUAGGAGUCGGCAACGCAUUCAACAAGCGGUGUUGUUAUUCGUGU